AUGCGCAUGGAGGGCACGAACAUCCUGGCGUCGUGCAAGCUGAAGCCCGGCUUGUUUUGGGCGCAAGUCAAUGACCGCAACAUGUGCGGUCUCGCCAAUGUGCUCGUCUAA